CCAGCUUCCCAGGGUCACCCUUUCGGGCAUGGGGGACAACCAGCGCGAACUUCAAAAAUGGAUGAUGUUGAGAAAAGCAAGAAGAUUUUUGUUCGGAAGUGUGCCCAGUGUCACACCAUGGAAAAAGGAGGCAAGCUCAAGACCGGACCCAAUCUCCAUGGUCUGUUUGGGCGGAAGACCGGGCAAGCUGCCGACUUCUCUUACACAGAUGCCAACAAGAGCAAAGGCAUCACCUGGGGAGAGGACACUCUGAUGGAAUACCUGGAGAAUCCCAAGAAGUACAUCCCGGGCACCAAGAUGAUCUUUGUGCCAUUAAGAAGAAUGAGAGGGCAGACUUGA